AUGGUCGUGCAUCACCGCCUCUCGGAGCGGACGGCGCGUGCCUCGUGGGUGGCAAAGUUGUUUCUGCUGAUGCGGAUAAUACUCGCUCUCUUUGUAGAAACCGUCCUUCACGGCGUUCCGCAAGUCGCUCCCCCCCUCCGCACCAGUGAUGAGGGGCACAGCGGCAGCGGAAACGACGCGAGCCAACGACCCCGCGUCCCUCCUGUGGACCUCAUCUCUGCCUUCCACAAAAUGGGAAGGGUCUACGGAAGGCACCAGUUGGCAGCUCUCGAUGUGAGUCACACUGGAGUGCGUGGCACCCACCUACUCGCCUGCGUCCUCGGAAGCGUCAUGACACCAGUGAUGACCAGUGACGGCGAGGCAGCUGCGGUGCAUCGAAAGGGAUUGUGGGCGCUGGACGUGGCGGGGUGCACGCAGCUGCACCACCGUCGCGGGGAGCUGUACGCCUUGUCCCACAUGCUGGACCAACUGUGCAGCCACGCUGCCAGUCGAGUUGCUGAGCUCUCCCUAAGGGAACCUUCUGGAACGCGCGCCGUUGUCGACCUUCUUCUCUCCCUCUCCUUGCGAGAUGGCUCGCGACUUGCAUCUGAGUCCGCCACCGGCCUCGCACUGGCCCUUUUCACACACCACGGUCACCUCACCUGGGUGUGCGCCGCCGGCAGCGACGCGGACAGUGCUACUUUGCGUGAGCUGGGCCAGUACGCACUGCUGGUGGAAGCCGUUUCGGCGACGCAGCAGCCUCAGCCACCCCACUCACCAAUGUGCACCUUACGCGCACUGGACCUGACCAGCGCCCUGAGGGUUGAUGAUGUAAGCCCGAUGGGGUACUUGGCGCAGCUGGAGCAGCUGCUACUGCCUUUCACCUACGUUGAUGACGUAGGCAUCGGUAACCUGGACGGUCACACAUACGCGCAUGACUUAAGUGCGAUGUUGACGUUGUUCACUGCAGCGAUAGCAAAAGAGGCACCCGAGUUACCAGACAACGCACAGAAAUCGCUGCAGAGUACUCUGGACGCUCUGCAGCAGCUUAUCCUCAUCGACGACGACGGCGCUGGGCAACCAGAUGUGCACCGCGGGAACCCGUGCAAGGGUGUCGUGGAGGCGCUUCACCAGAAGUUCCGCUCCCACCUGUAUCACCUCGACCUUACAUACUGUCUCUGUGUCUCAAGUGUAAAGGGACUGGUGCGCCAGCAGCAGCUGGAGCUGCUGAACCUUAGCCAAACUCGAGUGAACAAGUUGGGCCUGUUCGGUGGCGCAGACCUGCAUCACUCGUCAGGGUCGUCCGCGUCCGCGGCUCAGCCCUGUCGCACGCCGCCUCUCCGGCUCUUCAUUGCGGAGAUGUGCGAGCAUCUCAGUGACCUCAGCGGCCUCGCUCACAUUAGCACACUCGAGUGCGUCAUUGUGCGCAGCGGCUCCCUCGGCGAUGAUGGGCUGCGCGCCCUGUGCACCCCUGACAUGCAGCGCCUCCAGCUGAUGGAUCUGAGCUACUGCGAUCGCCUGCACCAUGUAGGGUGCCUGGCGCAGCUGCCCGCCUUGGAGACACUCAUCCUGGACAGCACCGAUGUAACCCCAGCGGAGGUGAAGCAGCUUCGCUCCAGUCGCUCUCUGCACACCCUAUCACUGCGCUUUUGCACCGAGUUUGCCUUCAUUGGCAUGGGCUUGGAGAAGCUGGAGGCGGUAGUGGGCACCUUUGCCGCGCUCCAGAGGUACUUUUAUGAGGACCUUGCCGGAGAUGAUGAACUUCGCAAGAAGAAGAACUGA